AUGCUCUCCCCUCGCGUCCAUAGCAUGGACAUCCCCCAUUCAGGCCCCGGUGUCGAGCAGCACUGGGGCUACUAUAACCGUCAACUUCCUUGCACCAGCGACAAGGGCAAAUGCGACUAUCUCGAUACCGUGUAUCACUCGCACGACCUGUCCGUUCUUUACAGUGCCAUUCUCUGGGGUGUAAUUCUUGGAGUCCUGUUGCUCUGCGCGCUGAGACGGCUCAUCCGCGUCCCCAGAACACCAAACACUUGCAGUCAAGAUGGAGAGACGGGAAAGAGUCGGCCCCAGAGCUUCUUCUAUCGCAUUCAACAAUUCCUCAAAUCAGUCUACCAUCGCCACCUACUUCGAGAAUGGCUCCCCGGCGUAUUCGGCUACACCGGCUUCAACAUCCUCCUCCUGCUCAUCCUAACCGCCUACCUCACCAUCUUCUCCUUCGUCGGCAUCGUCUACAAAACCUGGUACAGCCCCGUCUCGGGCUAUCCCAACCUGCACCAGACCCGCGUCGGGCUCGGGCCCUGGGCCGACCGUCUCGGCGUCCUGGCGUACGCCCUCACACCCUUGGCCGUCCUCCUGGCCACCCGCGAGUCCCUACUCUCACUCCUCACAGGCAUCCCGCACCACCACUUCAUCUUCCUGCACCGCUGGCUCGGAUAUAUCAUUUAUGUUCAAUCCGUCCUGCACACAAUCGGCUGGAUCGUCGUCGAGGGGAAGCUCUACCAGCCGCAGCCCUCCACCUGGAACGACUUCAUCGCGCAGCGGUACAUGAUCUGGGGCGUCGUCGCCCUGAUCUUCCUUUCGUUCCUGGUCUUCUGCUCCGCGAAGUGGUGCAUCCGGGUCACCGGGUACGAGUUCUUCCGCAAGUCGCAUUACAUCGUGGCGAUGCUAUUCGUCGGCGCCUGCUGGGGCCACUGGGCGAUGCUGUCGUGCUGGAUGACCGCGUCGCUGGCGGUGUGGCUCUUGGAUCGCGGCGUGCGCUUGCUGCGGACUGCCGUGCUGCAUGCUACCGCCGGUAAUCCCGAUUCCGAUUCCUCCGAGAAAUCCUCGUGGUCUGUGGGCGGGUUGCGCGUGCACAUCCCCGCUGCGCGGAUGACGUCCUUCGCCAACGAUGCCGACGGCGACGUCGUCCGGCUGGAGUUCACCCUUGCGCACCGCCCCUGGACCAUCGGCCAGCAUUUCUAUCUCUGUUUCCCGGACCUGAGUAUCUGGCAAUCGCACCCCUUGACGCCGAGUAGCGUGCCUGGUGCGGAACAGAGCCAAGCCCAGGCCCAGGUCCAUACGUACAUCAUCCGCGCGAAAAGCGGACUCACGCGCCAGCUUGGUCUGCUGGCUAGAGGGGACCAGGCGGCGACGUCGGUUGUGCUCGCAGGACCGUACGGGCAGUCGAUCCUGGAUGCCGAAAUGCUGCAGGACGACGUCAACACCCUCUGUGUCGCCGGCGGCACGGGCGUGACUUUCGUUCUGCCGGUCCUGCUGCAGAUGACUCGGCGAGCGGGAUUCCCCGCUCGGACCGGGCUGCUCGAGUUCGUCUGGAUCAUCAGGCGCAGAGCCGAUGUCGAAUGGAUCGAGUCGGAGAUGGACGAGUUACAGGCUGCCGCGGACAGCUGCGCCAAUUUCCGGGUCAGGGUGUUUGUGACGCGCGAGGCCGAAGAAUUGAAAGAAGAUCAUGCUGGAGACAAGGAGCUGGUCAAGGAGAGUAUCCAGCGGACUGCUUCUGAUCCCUCCGGGAUGGGGGAGGCCCCAUUUACAGUACAGUACAUGGGCUCCACCGAGCCUGGAGACCGACACCCGGAUGUGCCCUCGCAGGUCACUGGUUUCGUGUCGAGGACGGUGCAUGGCCCGACACGCGUACUUGCCAGCGGUCCGACAGGGCUGGUAUCCGAUUUGCGGAGGGUGGUUGCGUCCUGCAAUGGUCCUGCUCAGGUAUGGAGGGGGGAUGAGCGGUACAAUGUACAGCUGGUGCAUGACGAUCGCCUGGAGUGGUAG